GAGGCGUCGAUCUCCUUCACCCCGGGACACCCUCAUUGCCCUGCCCCCCUGAGAUGUCCAAAAUGGACCUCAAAAGCAGGGAGUUCUACAACGACAUGCUUCGCGUGUGUUGGGAAAACCCGUCCUGCAACAGCUCCCUGCUGCUGCUGGGCCACCACAACGGCAGCGGCGCCGUCGUGUACGGCCUCAACUUCCCCGGCGACGGCGCCCCCUGGCUGCGGAGCCUCAUCUCCCUGGUGUACUUCCUGGUGGCCACGGCGGGCAUGGUGGGCAACCUGCUGGUGAUGUUCCUGCUGUACUCCACGCGCACCAUCAGCGCGGGCACCAUCAACUACUUUGUGUUCCACCUGGCUCUGGCCCAGCUGCUCUUCUCGCUGGCACUGCCCUUCUGGGCGGUGGAGAUAGCGCUGGACUACAGCUGGCCCUUCGACGUGGUCACCUGCAAGGCCAUCUCGCUGCUCACCUGCCUCAACGUGUACGCCAGCUGCUUCUUCCUGACCGCCAUGAGCCUGACGCGCUACUGCUCCGUGGCCACCGCCCUCCGGCCCACCGCCGCCGCCGCCGCCCUCUGGCACCGCGGCUUCUGCUGCUCCCGGAUAUCCGCGGCGAUCAUCUGGGCGGGGGCGCUGGUCACGGCCGCGCCGCGCGCCGUCUUCACCAACCUCUUCAACGUGGGCCCGGCCAACGACACCGUGUGCCUGUUCCGCUUCCCCGACGGAACGGCGUGGCUGGGGAUCAACCACCUCCUGAGAGUGGUGCUGGGCUUCCUGCUUCCCUACGGCGUCAUCGUGCUGUCCUACCUGCUGCUGCUGCGCUUCCUGUGCCGCCACAAGAUGAAGGGCGUGAACCCGGGGCGGAAGUCCCACGUGUCCAAGUCGGUGGCGGUGGUGGUGCUGUCCUUCUGCGCCUGCUGGUUCCCCUACAACCUGCUGACGCUGUGGGCCGCGCUGAUCCAGCUGGACAUCGUGGACAUCAGCCCGUCCUUCUACCUAGCGCAGACCUACUUCUUCCCGCUGGCCAACUGCCUGGCGUUCACCAGCAGCUGCCUCAACCCCGUGAUCUACUGCCUGGUGCGGCGGGAAUACCGCACGGCCCUGCGCACCAUGCUGCACAAGUGCAGCCUGGCCGUGGAGUCCAAGGUGUACCUGCACCGCAUCAACGCCGGCGAAGGCCAGGGGCCUUCCCGGCAGCUGGGCAUACCCCUCAACACGGUGUUCAGCCACACGGUCGCCUCGGAUACGAGGAGGGACGCGCCCCCCUCCUACUCGGCCGUCUCCGGCCAGUCUGGAAAUAAUAGCCGUUGAUGUGUUUUGUUUUUUUUGGUUGGGGGAGUCUUGAAACCGUCGGUAAAUGUUAAACAGCGGUAAAAUGUUUUGUGCUUUGUUUUUUUAAUUUUAGUUUUUGGGGUCAAGGAAGCAUUUGGGUUAGGGUUAGGGUUAGG